ACGUCACCGGCCGUAGCAGCGCCACCUGGCGUCUGUCCUGAGGAGAAGGACCAGCGCCAUCUAGCGUGUGCUGCCUGUAACUCGGCACUGAGGAGAAGGAACAGUGCCAUCUAGCGUCUGCUUCAUGUUAGCUGCUGGAUUGCAGUGACAUCAUUUCGUCCUCGUAAAACAAACCAAGCCCAAACCAGCGCCACCUGCCGGUGGCUGCCGGUAAUACCGCUAAACAGACGAGGCGUGCGAGACACGGAAGUGCCUGUCCUGUAGAUCGGGGAGGACCCGCUGGAUUACGCCCGCGGCUAGGAUAGUUGCCAGGCGGCCAACGCUUGGGAGAGGCCGCUUGCAUCUAAGGGCGAGUAUGGCUACCGGACAGGUAAUGAGAAAUGGAGACCGUGAGUUUGAAAGUGUGGAGCUGGGAGAUGUACGCAAGAAAAAGAAAAUUCCUCGUAGAAUUAUCCACUUUGCCAGUGGGGAAACCAUGGAGGAAUAUAGCACGGAUGAAGAAGAAAACUUACAAGAGAGGAAGGAUCUGUUGCCAGCUGCUGACCCCUCAAAGCUAACGUGGGGUCCAUAUCUCUGGUUUUAUAUGCUGAGAGUUGCAACGUCCACACUUUCAGUUUGUGACUUCUUGGGAGAGAAAAUUGCAUCCGUUCUGGGGGUCAGUACACCUAAGUACCAGUACGCUAUUGAUGAGUAUUACAGAGUGCAGAAAGAGGUGGAAGAGGAGGAGGAAGAGAAUGAAAUGUCAGAACAGGCAGAGAGGCAGUACCAGGAGCAGUGCAGCCAGCCGCAGAAUGAGAGCAGUGUGCAGUCUCAGAAGCCACAAGCAACCAGCUCUUUUGUCAACAUCAGUUUUGUCCUGGAGGAAGAGCAUUCUGUGAAUCUGGCACAGAAGCAGGAACUGUCCGCUGUUCCAACCUAGGAUAAAGGGGAAAGACACUACAGACUUUUUACUGGUAAAUCCAAUGGGAAAGCUACACCUGCCAAAAUCAACAUGGUGCCUUUCUAAAUGACUUGAGUCAAGACACCGUACUCUGUAGUAACAUAUUAAAAUCCUAACACUGAGUACCCUGGGAGUUGCCGCAUUCAUAGGGUUUUGGGACUUACCUUUUGAAAUAUCUAGAUAACACGAAGCACUCUGGAGUCGGCCUUCCAGAUUUGUAACUAUUGUAUACAAAAUGAUAUUGUCUUCAUGUCUAUUAUAUCAACCUAAAUACAUGCAUGUCUGUGACUUUUUAUGUUUGGGUUGGGGGUUACAGGUACAGUUUCACAUUCUAAUGAAGAGGCUUUGUGUGUAUUUUAGUAAAAUAUUGUCAGGUUUUGUAUUAGAAAAAACAAAACAAAAAAAACAACUAAUGGAAACAUCAAAUUACACACACACACACACACACACACACACACACACACACACACACACACACCCCCCCCCCCCCCCCCCCCCCCCCCAUUAAAAUCACUGUCAGGUAAAGUGAAUAGCUGAUUAUAUCAUUAUGGUGGCACCUGUCAAGGGGUGGAGUAUAUUAGGCAGCAAGUGACCAGGCAAUUCUUGAAGCUGUGGAAGCAGAAAAAAUGGGCAAGCUUAAGGAUCUGAGACCCUUUGAUAAGGGCCAAAUUGUGAUGGAUAGACGACAGAGUCAGAACGUCUCCAAAACGGCAGGUCUUGGGAGGUGUUCUCGGAAAGCAGUGGUUAGUACAUACCAAAAGUGGUCCAUGGAAGUUGAACUGGCAACAGAAACAUGGGCGCCUAAAGCUUAUUGAUGCCCCUGGGGAAUGAAGACUAGCAUGUCUGGUCCGAUUCCACAGUAGAGCUACUGUAGCACAAAUUGCUGAGAAAGUUAAUGCUGGCUAUGAUAGAAAGGGGUCAGAACACAGUGCAUCGCAGAUUGCUGCGUACGGGACUGUGUAGCCGCAGACCAGUCAGAGUGCCCAUGGUGAUCCCUAUCUACCAUUGAAGGUGCCUACAAUGGGCACGUGAGCAUCAGAACUGGGCAUGGAGCAGUGGAAGAAGGUGGCCUGGUCUGUGAGUGCAUGAGUGUUAUUUACCUUGAGAAAGAUGGCACCCGUAUGCACUAUGGGAGGAAGGCAAGCCGGCAAAGGCAAUGAUGCUCUGGGCAAUGUUCUAAUGGAAAAACUUUGGGUUCUGGCUUUCUUGUGAAUAUUAUUUUGACAUGUAACACCUGCCUAAAUAUUUUUGCAGACUAAGUAAAUCCCUUCAUGAUAACAGUCCUCUCUAAUGGCAGUGGCCUCUUUCAGCAGGAAAAUGUGCCCUGCCACACUGCAAACAUUGGUCAGGAAUGGUCUUAGGAACAUGACAAAGAGUUCAAGGUGUUGACUUCAAUUUCCCCAGAUCUCACUCCUAUCGAGCAUCUGUGGGAUAUGCUAGAAAAAAACAGACUGAGCAACCUCAUAACUUAUUGGACCUAAUAUCUUGGUGCCAGAUACCACAGGACACCUUCAGAGGUCUUGUGGAUUCCAUGACUCAACAGGUCAGAGAUGUCUUGGUGGCACUAGGUGGGCCUACAAAAUAUUAGGCAGAUGGGUUUAAUGUUAUGGCUGAAGGGUGUGUGUGUGUGUGUGUACAUAUAUACACACACAAAGUUACAUAUAUAUAUAUAUGAUGGUGGUUUAAUGAGUAAGGUAACAAGAUCUUCCACAUGUGUAAUGCUCUCUAUUUAAUUCUAAUUUCCCACCAGGCCAGCUCAGGUAGACUACUGCUUCCCCUCAAAACUAUUAGACUCCGCUUCAUAUCAGUCAUACUGUCCCAACAUCAGUUGUAAGAUGGCAGGGCUGGUGGAAACAUGGUCAAACACUGAGGUGCAUCUACAGGGCACAUCAGCAGCUAAAAUUCAUCACCAAAUUGUCGAGGUGUACGAGAACGUCAUGUCAAAGAAACAGGUUUGGGUUAGGUGCACUGCCUUUGAUAAUGGCAGGGCAGACGUUCAAGAUCAGCAGCCCUCCGGCCGGCCAAGCACAUCCACCACAGGCAGUGCACCAAACCUGUUUCCAUGACGUAACGUUAUCCCGGUCCAAUGGCCGUGAGGGGACGUAAUGGUCUAACUGACCUGGCCUGGUGAGAAUUUAGCGUGAAAUAGAGAACAUUACACAUGUGAGAGGUCGUGUUACCUUACUUUUCUAUAUUGUAUUGUAGCCUGAGACUUUCUUGGUUGGAUAUAAGAGCACCCCAACAACUUUAUCUCAGGCACAACACUCAAACUUACUUUAAAGAUAAAAGAACCUUCAAUUAAUAAGGUGAUUUGUGAACAUUUUUAAUUUGCUCCCUUGUGAACACCUUCUCUGCAGUGCUAAGGCUUAAUUUCAUUUUAUGUCAAAGGGAUGCAGUGAUGGCUACCGUCCAAGUUAUAGUAUAGCUAAGGGCACCAUUGUCUAAUUCCAGUCCAUGGAUGGCUUUACCUGCCAUUUUUGGCCAGAGAUGAAUUCUGAAUUGAUGGCUUCAAGCAACAUUUCAGUGCAGGGGACUUCACCACAGCAUUUCCCACGCCUCUCACAAAUGCGACAUCAUACUUCACUCUACCGUAGAUCCUUAAUGAAAGCAUAUCUUCAGUUGUCAUCUAUUAUAUAGCUCAGGCACUGGUAAAUAUGAGAAGUGUAGUUCAGCAACAUCUGCUGUGUCAGCUUUCCAAAAUCUGGUGCAGUACACGUAAAAAAAAUAUGUCCAUCACUUUUUGAUGUUUACAUUGUAUAAGUUUGUAAUAAUGUCAUCUUUUUUGGUUCAUCUCAUUGUAUGUCUAAUGGCUGUCAGCGGUUCUGUAGGGAGUUUGUGCAUGAAUUUGAUGCCGGAGAAGCAGCUGGCUCCUCUAAAUCUUUUUUAUAUGUAUUUAUUGUCUCACUAAUAAAGCAUAUGUUCUGGUAUUCCAAA